GAGAGAAUUUGAAGGGGAAUGGGACUUGAAAGUAUGGUAGAAGAAGACUUCUCUCUCCAUACUGAUCAGAGAGCAGCUGUCUGAUAUUUAAUUCAUACUAUCGAGUGGCCGUGAACUCGACAUACUGACCUGAGAACAGCUGUUCGUCUCCCUCGAUUCUGCCUCUGUUUACUGGUUCCUUGCUGGAGUGAGCGGCAGUUCCGUGUAGACCCAAACAUGGCUCAGUAUGUUUUAUGUCGGAGGCUCUUUCAAAGUCGUUGUAGAGUGUCACUACCAAAAGGUUUGGCACAUGCUAAUUCACGGAAGGAAAACGUGCUGAGGAGCUCGCUAUCACAGCGGACAGACCACAGCCUCCUGUUGAAUCAGUGGUACACCUGCAGACCCGAACUGAAUGGCCACAUUGCUAGAGGUUUCUCCUCCACCCCGCCUUUUCCAAAACCAGGAGAGGGACGUAAAAAGCAUGGGCCAGUGACGUGGAAAUCUUUAGCAGUUACCUUUGCUAUUGGAGGUGCAGCACUACUGGGGAUGAAAUUUGUCAAAAAGGAAAAGGAGGAACUGUUGGAAAAAGAAAGAAACAAGUCCAUAGGAAAGCCGCAGUUGGGCGGUCCCUUUGCUCUCACCGACCACAACAACAUGCCCUCCAAGAGUGAGGACUUCCUCGGCCAGUGGCUGCUCAUCUACUUUGGCUUCACUCACUGUCCAGACAUCUGCCCAGAUGAAUUAGAGAAGAUGAUAGAAGUGGUGGAGCAAAUAGAUAAAAUGAAGAACCUGCCAACCCUGACACCACUCCUCAUUACCAUUGACCCUGAAAGGGACACACCAGAGGCCAUGGCAGCUUAUGUCAAAGAGUUUUCCCCAAGGCUGAUUGGCCUGACGGGCACUGCAGCUCAGGUGGAGGAGAUCUCGAGAGCCUACAGAGUUUAUUACAGUCAGGGGCCGAAGGAUGAAGACAACGAUUACAUCGUUGACCACACGAUCAUCAUGUACCUCGUGGGUCCCGAUGGAGUGUUUUUGGACUAUUAUGGACAGAACAAAAAAUAUUUGGAGAUCUCCAGCUCGAUAGCAGCACACAUGAGAAAAUACACGAACAAGACAGAAGUGAAGUAAAUCCACCAGCUUUAAAUAAAGCUUGUGAUGCAACUGGAGGACAGUUUUAAAACUGCAGCCUAUUUCAGAUUGUACCUCGAAUCACUUUUUUUUUUUCAGGCAGACGCUCUGCACCGCUAACUACAGUUGAUUUACACCCAUUUCUGAAUCGUGAUUUUAAAAAGUUGCCAUACCAGUGUUGGUUAUGCAACUAACUGUUUAUGUACUACCAUUGGUCAUGCAUUUGUUAAUAAUAUGGCUAUGAAAAUUAUUUAAGAAACUUAUAAGAUUGUCAAUAAAGCAAAGUGUUUGAUACACGGAAAC